AUGAAAGUAGGAGAAACAACUCUACGAAGUGGUGGAGAGAUUCUUCAUCUUGCAUCACAAGUUGCUGACAAAUGUUGUGGUCACCUGCUUGCACUCAACGUCAUUGGUAAGACAAUGGCUUGCAAGAAAACUGUCCAAGAGUGGAAGCAUGCACUUGAUGUUAUGACCUCAGAUGCAGCAGAGUUUUGGGGCAUGGACGUCACCAUUCUUCAUGUACUGAAGUACUCCGGUAAGUCGUGUUUUAUACACUUGGCCAUACAUCCUUCACAUCUCAAAAACACCAUAGAGUCUCUGAUUUUUCAGUUCAUCAGCCAGGGUUACAUUGAUAGCAGAGGCAUCAGUUCUGUACUUCAAUACCGGAAGAAUUGUGUCCUCCAUGCCCCAGAACUCUGCUGCAUUUGA